UACACAGUUACAUGAUGAGAAAUACAUUUCUGAUGCUUGAAGAGCUCCUGACUAUGAAGAAGAGCGGGGAAGAGCAAGGGUGACUUUUGAUACAACCAGACAUUUUAGUGAAGCAGCCAUAAGAAAGAGAAGCCUGGAAAGACUAAAGCUGCAAGAACAGGAGCACGUUCGAAAAAGGGGGAAAAAAAGAGAGGGGGUUGAAAGAAAAAGACGCGGUGAUGAAAAGAAGUUCAAGAGAGAAAAAAGAAAGCUAAGCUCGAGAGGAGAGAAGAGAGGCAGAUAGAUGGAGAUGAGAAACAUCCCCCAAAGCAGCAGAAGGUACCAGCUGAAGAACAGCAGUGGCCAGAGAAUAUGCCUGAAUGGGAAGAAAGGAAAUCCCUGCUAGCUCAGAGAAGAGUGGAGUCUGUCAGACUGCUUACAGUGCUGUUAAACCGUGUGAAAGAUUUUGCACAGUUGGCAAGUCAAAAAGCGGAUCCUUCAUUGGGCGUAAGGAAGGACGAUUCCUUUUCUGAAACAGCAUUAAAAGGCAUACAUCAGGAACUGAUUAACUCCCAUUAUCAUACGCACAAGGAGUUGAAACAUAAGGAAGAGUUUAAGUGCCUGUUAACCCAAAAAGGUGGCAGCUUAUGUGGUGAGGAAGGAGAUGUGAGUAACUUCCAUGCAUCUACUUGUCAUAUAGUCAGGACGAUUUUAAAUGAUCCCUGUACAGCCCCGAGUUCUGACGGACUGCCUGGCAGAGAUGCGUACAACUCCUUUGGCCGUGGAUCUUUGCUGAUUACAGUUACGCAAGACUGCAGGGUCAUCGAAUCUCUCGAUGGAAGGGACUACCCAACAUUGAAUGUAGUUCACACGCAGACAGUGUCUGAUGAAGACGGUUGCAAAAAGCAAAAGGUUUAUGAGACUGAUGAAUUCAUCCAUUAUUUACUAAACUACUAUCAGACACCAGGCUAUGCACGUGUUUGCUUAGAGCCAAAAAACACUGUGAACAAGUCCUGGUGGAAGAGAGUGGUGUCUGAUGAUGAUAGUGGAUUUGACAUCAGCUUGAGUAACAAACAUGGUCAGCACUUCAGAGAAGUGAGUCCUGUGCAAAACCUCAACAAGAGAAAUUGUAGUAGCAGUGAUAAUUAUAGACUGGUGAUCACUGUUGGGGAACUUGAGUCAACAGACACAGUGUUAGAAAACAAGGCCUAUGAGGGUAGGCUUCCAAAAAAGUUGCAAGUGCAGAGGAAUGACUCACUCACUGUUGAUAACUUACCACAUGCUGGACUGAAUCAUUCUUUGGAUUGCACUGCUGUUACUCAUGAUAAGGAAUUCAAACAAGAAGAUGGUAGCGAUGAAGGUACCGUACUAUACAAAACAUGUAGAUCUGCUUGCAGAUUGAAGGAUUUGUUGGAAGAGAUCAGUGAUUCUGAGUACUUUAGAGAGGCAUGUAGCGGCUCAAUGAAGAGAACAGAAAGAAGGUGUGAAGAAACUUACAGCAAUUGUAAUAAAGGGUGCUUGCCUGCAAAAGCCGGGGAAAGAAAAUUACUGGUUUACCUUAAAAAUGUAACUCUGGAAGGUCAAGAGAAGGAAAGCAGCAAAUGUAGCUUCUGUUCCAAUUCUGUCCAUGAGAGCUUGGCAAGGCAGUGUGAACAUAAGCUUAAAAAGUCAUGCAAGAGGUCUAGUAGUAAAUUAAGACAUGAAGGACAGAAAAGUGAGAGACAAUCCAGGGAAGAGGAGAGAAAUGCUUGCAAAAUGAAGAAAAAGCGAAAAAAGCUUUCUUCUAAUCUUUUAUCUGAUGAAUGUGGCUUUUCAGAGACGGACAGUUGCAUGCAGCUGGAGUCGCUCAGAAAGAUACAAAGAAAAUGUAAGAAAAUGUUCCACAAAAAAGUGAAAUUCAAGACACUUCACACCGCCAUGGCAGCACCAGAUGUUACCCCUCGUGAUGGCUCACCGCUUCAGGAGACCCUCCAGAGGACAGGAGAUGAGAGGAAAUUAAUGUUGAGAAGAGAGAUGGAUGCAGAUGUCAGAGGAUGCCCUCUAUUUCCUCUUGAGAUAAUUCAGACAAACCCCUGCUCAGAUACUUUCUGUGGAGCAGAGCCCAGAAGAGGAUGCUGAACAGCUACUAUAUAAUGGCUCUUAAGUUUUUAUAUAGAAGUGGGAGAAGAAAGCCCUUUGACCAUUAAAAGGUAUAUGAAAUACUGGGGUUUUUUUUGCUUAGGUAAUUCCUUCGGUUAGAAUAUCUAACUGGUGUAGUGAGCCACAAAACCGGAAUCUGUGUUUGCCUCUUGGAUAACAGAGGACCAAAACUUUCCCCAGGGACAGACAAACUUUCAUGGACCAGUUGCUAAGAAUUUGAAAGGAUACAGAUUGAGAUCUCGAAGGGUUAUACUCUGAUUAAAUGUAGGGAACCAUGUAAAUAUCAAAGUUACAGUAUUUAGUAAUAACGAGUCAUUGGAAAAAAAACAUAGCUAUGUAAAUCCUAGAGCAAGCAUAUGAAGUGCCUCCUCAAUCAGAUUGUUUAAAUGAUGGGACUGGACAUGGUGUGGGGGACACUUACACUCAAUUGUGGAAAGUAAUAGAUUUCCAAAUAGGAAAAAAAUCCCGUCUUCUGUAAAACCCACACUGGAAAAAUGCUUGUUUUCUAUUCGCAGUUCUAGAGGUGUUUCUGAAAACUAGCUCGUCUUUGGGAGGAAGGAUUUCACUGAACUUGUGCUAGACAUAGUGCUUCCAGGAAUCUGAAUGAUUGUCUAAGCAAAGCUCUGAAUGUUAGAUAGUGAAAGGGCAAUGCUUGUCAGCGUGCUGACAGUCCCCACAUAUGUGCAGGUUGAAAAUUUCUUCACAAGAUUUUGAAGGCACAUGUAGUGAGAUAGCUAUUUAGUAUGAGUUUGCUUACAAAUAAUUUCCAGAGGAAUUGUGAAAUGUUGUCAGACUUGUGCUGCAUGUAGGUAAAAAUGUGAAAACGCAGUCUAGGAGCUUGAGUUAUAUCCAUAUUUAUUCAGCUGGCUAUAUUUAGAAUACAGCCACAAUUGCUUUUGGACAAAGUCCCUUAGCAAGAUGUAGAGGACCAGUUCGACUAAGUUCAAUACACUGAUUAUUUCAGCUUUCAUUUUAGUAUGCUUUAUUUAUUACAUGUCAAUAUACGAAGUUAAUGUGAUAAUGUUGCCUUCAUUACAUAGAAUCUUAACCAUGUUUGUAACUUCUGCUCUAAUAAAUAGUAAUUAAAAAAAAAAUUAAAUUGUAAUUGUUCAUGGUAGAUAGGUUUUCCCCCAGUGUUCAAUACUGGCGAUUCCUACAGGCUUCUAAGCCGGGUUUUAUCAGUCUUCUCUGUUCACGUGUUCAGAUGUUGAGUGCCUUUUCAGGGUCAUGAAUGACAAAUGGUUGCUACUCAAAGUACUGUUAAUCUAUUACUUUUAUCUAAAAAGAUCUUAUUUUCUUGACAGAAAUAUUUUCUGACUAUUUUGGAGAACAUUUAUGCCCCUCUUAAGUCUACUUUUUAGUAUUUUAUACAGUUACAAUGAAGAUCAACUAUUGUAUUUGUUGACCGUGUAAAAUGUUUCAGUUGCACUGAUAUGACAUACCAAGGGUGUUUUUUCUCUAUGCAAUAUUUGCAGAUUAAAGAUGACAAAACUUCCCCCUCUGUCAAUCUAUAGACAGUUCUGUGUCCAUAAGUGCCCAUUUCCCAUGAGACAGGCCUUUCGAUUACAGGUGAGGAAGUAUUUCUUUUUGUUAAUCUGGGGGAGCAGGAACUAAAGAUUUCCUUUGGUGUAAAUUUCCGGUGUUUUAUCAACAUGUUGUCACAAUAUUCAAUAACAAAUAAAUACACCAGUUCUGUAAUCGCUUCUUGCGUUCACCUAUAUUGAUUGAAACUGAUAAAGUAAAUCCUCUAUCUCCAAGUCCUCAUUCCGUGUAAAACACUGUUAGUAAAUAAAAUAUGCGUGCACUUUAAAAUGUGAGACA